UCCCCAAUGGCCAAAUCGCUCCUCUUCGUCCUCCUCUUCUCCGUCCUCCUCUCCGCCUGCAUUCCCCGCGGCGGCGCCACCCGCCCGGCAUUCGCCUGCGGCGGCGGUCCGGCGGCGGCGCUGCCCUUCUGCCGGGUGGCUCUGCCAAUCCGCGCCCGCGUCGCCGAUCUGAUCGGACGGCUGACGCUGGACGAGAAAAUCCGGCUGCUGGUGAACAACGCGGCGGGGGUUCCGAGGCUAGGGAUCGCCGGGUACGAAUGGUGGUCGGAGGCUCUCCACGGCGUCUCCGACGUGGGUCCCGGCGUCCAUUUCGGUGGGGCCUAUCCCGGGGCAACCAGCUUCCCCCAAGUCAUCUCCUCCGCCGCCUCCUUCAAUGCCACCCUCUGGGAGCUCAUCGGAAAGGCGGUGUCGGACGAGGCUCGGGCGAUGUACAACGGCGGCCAGGCAGGGCUGACAUUUUGGAGCCCGAACGUUAACAUCUUCCGGGACCCUCGGUGGGGCCGCGGCCAGGAGACUCCCGGCGAGGACCCGGGCGUCGCCAGCCGCUACGCCGUCAGCUACGUUCGAGGGCUCCAACAGGCCUCCGGUGGGCCGCACGGCCACGGCCGGCUCAAGUUGGCGGCUUGCUGCAAGCACUACACAGCCUACGACCUUGACAAUUGGCGUGGCGUUGACCGGUUCCACUUCAACGCCAAGGUAAGCAAGCAAGAUUUGGAGGAUACGUUUGAUGUCCCAUUCAAAGCUUGUGUGGUCGAAGGGAAGGUGGCAAGUGUCAUGUGUUCCUACAACCAAGUCAAUGGAGUUCCCACUUGUGCUGACCCCAACCUCCUUCGUAACACCAUUCGUGGACAAUGGGCCCUUAAUGGGUACAUUGUCUCAGAUUGUGACUCGGUUGGUGUUUUUUAUAACACGCAGCAUUACACCUCUACUCCGGAAGAGGCAGCUGCAGAUGCAAUUAAAGCAGGUCUAGAUCUGGAUUGUGGGCCUUUCCUGGCCCAGUAUACUGUCAGUGCUGUGAAGCAGGGGUUGGUGAGUGAGGCCCAGGUAAAUGCGGCCCUGACCAACACCAUCACAGUCCAAAUGAGAUUAGGGAUGUAUGAUGGUGACCCAUCAAAACAACCCUUUGGAAACCUAGGCCCUGGAGAUGUAUGCACCCCGGCCCAUCAGAAUCUUGCCCUCGAGGCUGCCCGCCAAGGAAUUGUGCUCCUUAAGAACAAUGGCCAUGCUCUGCCACUCUCUCCCUCGCACCUCCGAUUUGUUGCGGUCAUCGGGCCGAACUCGGAUGCCACGGUCACCAUGAUCGGAAACUAUGCUGGUGUUCCUUGUGGAUAUACAAGCCCUCUUCAAGGAAUUGGGAGGUAUGCGAAGACCAAUCACCAGAUGGGCUGCACCAAUGUGGCCUGCACUGGGAACCAGCCCAUCGAUGCUGCCAUCGCAGCCGCUCGUAAUUCAGAUGCAACAAUCUUGAUCAUGGGCCUUGAUCAAUCAAUUGAAGCUGAAGCCAGAGAUAGAGAUGGGCUCCUCCUUCCGGGCCGGCAGCAGGAGCUGGUGUCGAAGGUGGCAAAGGCUUCAAGGGGCCCCACCAUUCUAGUCCUCAUGUGUGGUGGGCCUGUGGAUGUAACCUUCGCUAAGAAUGACCCAAGGAUCGCCGCCAUCCUCUGGGUCGGGUACCCUGGUCAGGCCGGUGGAGCGGCGAUUGCCGAUGUAUUAUUUGGUAAAUUCAAUCCAGGUGGUAAGCUCCCUGUGACAUGGUACCCCCAACAAUUUGUGGAUAAGGUGCCCAUGACCAACAUGGCCAUGCGAGCCGACCCGGCCCGGGGCUACCCCGGCCGGUCCUACCGGUUCUAUACCGGUCCGGUAGUCUUCCCCUAUGGCCACGGCCUUUCCUACACUAAAUUUACCCAUUCUUUGGCCCACGCGCCGGCCCAGAUCUCGGUCCAACUUGACGGGCGCCGCGCCUCGGCCCACAAUUCCACCGAACCAGGGCGGGCGGUCCGGGUCUCCCAUGCGAGGUGCGACGGCCUCGCCAUCCCCGUCCACGUGGAUGUUAAGAACGUCGGGGAUCAGGAUGGGUCGCACACAGUGCUCGUGUAUUCGACUCCACCAGGUACACGAUGGGCCCCGCAGAAGCAGCUAGUGGCCUUUGAAAAGGUACACGUUGCAGUCGGUGGACAAGUCCGGGUCAAGUUCGGUGUGGACGUGUGCAGGGAUCUGAGCUUUGCCGACGAGUAUGGGAUCCGAAGGAUUCCGAUCGGCGAACACAGCCUUCAGAUCGGCGAUUUAAUCCACACGAUAUCUUUACACGCGGAAGAUCUGCGGCGCUAGUGGGUCAAAAGACUCAAAUACCCUCAGGCGAUGUUAUUCAGAAAAGGGUAGUUAGGCCAUUUUAUAAUUCCAGGUGCAAUAGGAAUUAAAUGUUGAUUGCUGCCAAGGGAGAAGGCAAUUUUAUCAUUCUUUUCAUUGUACCAUUCUCGUGAUCUAGGCUCUAAGAAAGAUGGAGGGCAAGAUCAAAUGAAAAAAUUGCUGUCAAAUUAUUUUAAUUGGGGUGGAAAAUAAGGUCCAUAAAGAAUAAAAAUCUAAGUGUUUGAUGAUAACUUGGUACAAGGGCCAGUUAUUCCACCUUGGAUCAAGUUCAUUCUCUUCUUUUAUAAUUUGGCCCCUA